AGAUUUUGCGAGUUCCGAGUUGUUUGAAUACGGCAUUAGUUUCAGGCCUCAGCAUUAUCAUCAAUCUUUUCUACAGGCAAGUCUGUGACGCGUGUGUGCUGUGACGGGUCUGUGAGAUCAACAACAAGGAAAUAGCUGUGUAAACGAAACAGUAAUAUCAAGGCAAGGGGCUCAGACUGUGUUGGUUCUCAGGAACAACUGACUGUAUUAAACUUCCCAUGGCGCCAACAAAUCUACAGAAAGCUAUAGCUGUAGCACAGAAAGCCUCCCAGGAGGACCAGACUGGGAACUACCAGGAGGCUAUCAAAUCUUACCAACACGCUGUGAAGUACUUCCUGCACAUUGUAAAAUGUCAACCACAGGGUAAAGAGGGCAACCAGAAGAUCAGGGACAAGUGCACACUGUACCUGGACAGAGUGGAAGAACUACAGGAGUAUCUAGAAAAGAAAGAGAAAGCCAUAGAUCUGGCCAGCAAGGCGGCCCAGGAGGAUAAAGCUCAGAACUACGACAAGGCCCUGCGUCUAUACCAACACGCUGUUCAGUACUUCCUACACGUAGUAAAAUAUGAAGCCCAGGGUGACAUGGCCAAACAGAGCAUCAGGGCCAAGUGUGCUGAGUACCUUGACAGAGCAGAGACGCUCAAAGAAUACCUGAAGAAGAAAGAGAAGGCUCCUCCCACCAAGCCUGUGAAGGAGUCCCAAGCUGACGACAAAGGGAAUGAGAGCGAUGAAGGAGACGACCCAGAAAAAAAGAAGUUUCAGAACCAACUUUCAGGUGCCAUCGUUAUGGAAAAGCCAAACAUCAAGUGGAAUGAUGUUGCCGGGUUAGAGGGAGCCAAGGAGGCCCUGAAAGAAGCUGUUAUUUUGCCAAUUAAAUUCCCACAUCUUUUCACAGGUAAAAGAACGCCAUGGAGGGGGAUCCUGCUCUUUGGUCCUCCUGGUACAGGAAAGUCCUACCUGGCUAAAGCUGUGGCCACAGAGGCAAACAACUCCACCUUCUUCUCCAUCUCCUCCUCUGACCUGGUAUCCAAGUGGCUGGGAGAGAGUGAAAAGUUGGUAAAGAACUUGUUCACCCUUGCACGGGAGCACAAACCCUCCAUCAUCUUCAUAGAUGAGAUAGACUCACUGUGCGGCUCCAGGAGUGAGAACGAGAGUGAGGCAGCUCGCCGCAUCAAGACAGAGUUUCUGGUUCAGAUGCAGGGGGUGGGGAAUGACAACGAUGGGGUACUGGUGCUAGGGGCCACCAACAUUCCAUGGACGUUGGACUCUGCCAUCAGAAGACGGUUUGAGAAGAGGAUCUACAUCCCCCUGCCAGAGGAACACGCCCGCACCUUCAUGUUCAAGCUCCACCUGGGCGCCACCCCCACCAGCCUCAACGACUCUGACUUUGUCACCCUGGGAAAGAAGACAGGCGGGUACUCGGGGGCUGACGUCAGCGUCAUCGUCAGAGACGCACUUAUGCAGCCCGUCAGGAAAGUUCAAUCAGCCACUCACUUCAAACGGGUACGAGGGCAAUCGAGAGACAACCCCAACAUCCUGGUAGAUGACCUUUUGACCCCGUGCUCCCCGGGAGACCCGAACAGCAUCGAGAUGACAUGGAUGGAAGUACCUGGGGAAAAGCUAUGUGAGCCAGUCGUUUGUAUGUCUGACAUGCUGAGGUCCCUGUCCAGCACGAAGCCAACUGUCAACGAUCAGGAUUUGGACAAACUGAGAAAAUUCACAGAGGACUUUGGACAGGAGGGCUAAACAGGGCAUUUUUUUUUACCAAAGCAAAUAUUAGGAUUGUAUUAAAGUGUUCCUUCUCGCCACUCUCCCCUUCAGGCUCUGUUGGCUCAUCAGAAGUGUGCCACAUGACUGCUCUACUCAUAGAAAUAUAAUUACUAGAACGGACAUCCCCAUUUAAGUCAAAUCUAUUUCUAUGGCUCUACUGAGCUUGUCUAUUGGCCACACAAGGGGUUGAACAAAGACUGACAUUUUCUUAGAUGCCCCCCCAUGUCCAAAGGAUUACGGAUCACUUCACUGCAAGAUGUCUGAGGUAGACUUGAUUGGUGGAUGGAAAGCUGCAUGGAAAUUAAGAACAUUGGUGUUACUCAGGCAUAUGUUCUGUGGAAUCUGUUGAGCAGCACCUUGGGCCGAAUCCUAACUUAAGUACAAUGCUCAACUCAAACAUUUGCAUAUGUCAUGCUUUGAAGUCAGUGGGAGUUUGAUCUAGAAGUUUGUGUUACCGAUACAAGCUUGUUAACCAAAUUAAGAUGCUGCUCAUUGUGCAGAGUGCUUAUCUAACUUCCCAAAUAAAUAUCUAAGCUCAGUUUUCAAGUACCAGUUGCCAUCAGUCAAAUUGCACCUCACUUUUCAGUGUAAGCACCUAUAUACUCUACAUAUUUUUGUACACAUAAGAGAUUAAAAUCAUUUUAUAGUAGAUACGUUAUGGAGAUGUAUGGCUCUUUGGUCUGGAGAGAAUGAAAUGUACAAUGCAUGCCAUUUAUACUUUCAAAGGCCUUUGUAGUCUCAAGGUGGUGUAAAAGACGUGUUUGGGUAGCUGAUGUGCCGCAAAUGUAUGCAUGUCUAGGGUUAGAAGAACUACUGACAUAACAAUCGGGAUGGAAACUGCUUUGGGACAGAUUUUAUAUGUACAUUUUGGGGGUUUUCCCCUUAGAAGAAAGGCUACUCUGUGGUUUGUUCAUUGUCAUUCUGAUUCAAACUGUCAGGAUCACCAAAAGUACUGGACCAGAGACACUUUAUAGUCUAGGAUUCAAUACUUUUCCCCCUGACCAUAAACACCAUACAUAUUUCCCUGUUACUUCCCAACAUGAACUACUGAAAAGAGAUGGCUUACGGAGAUCCAGUCACACUAACAGUGCUGAAGAAACAACAGGGCUGAUACUUUGGUGUGAAUUGAAUUGUAGAGGUAGCCUGAAAUUGACAUUUUAGGCACAAAACAGCAUCGUCCUUUUUGUUAUGGCAUUGGUGGAAUGCAGCUCGCUUGAACUUACAAUAAUACCUUUUAAGAUGUGGCAAUGCACACCAUGUGCCUUCUAAACAAGUUUAGGUAGCAAGAUCAUAUACAUGGUUCAUUUAAAAUCAUGGAAGUUGAUAUCCAGAGAGACACAGCUAUAUUGUGUGUUUUGUCAUCGUUGCUAUGAAAUGUAAUAUAUUUGCACAUUUCAUGUAAACUCUCUUUUAGAGAUUGUAUUCUGAAGACAAAUCUUUCAAAGUGUUGGACAUCUUUUGUGUGGUCUAUUUACCUCACUUUACUGUAAAAGUGUAGCGAAUGAUACAGUAUAUGAUGUCUGUAUGUAUCAGUGAGUGGAAAAGUCAGAAUGUAUCUGGUUUACAUGCAUAUGUAAAUAAAAGUAAUAUUGAGAA